AUGAAGGUUGCUAUCGUUGGUGCUGGUGUUAGCGGUCUUACAGCUCUUAAGCAAUGCCUUGAUGAAGGUAUCCAGGCCACUGUCUUCGAAAAAGAGGAGCAAAUAGGCGGUAUUUGGACAUUUUCAGAGACGCCAGGCAAGGGAGGACUGGUUUAUCGAUCGGUUAUUACCAAUACUAGUAAGGAUAUGACUGGAUUUAGCGACUAUCCCAUGCCAGAUGAUUAUCCACCUUAUAUACAUAACUCUCAGGUAGUGCAGUACUUGCAGAUGUACUGCGAUCAUUUUAAGCUGAAUGAACACAUACAGUUUAAUACUAGCGUACGAAAGAUUGAAAAAGCUGCCAACUAUCAGCAGAGUGGCAGAUGGGAUAUAACUCUCAGUCGGAAUGAUACUAAUGAAACAACUACAGAAACAUUCGAUGCAGUCAUGGUUGCUAACGGACUAUAUAGCAAAAUUUCUCUUCCUCAUUUUCAAGGUGUUGAGAACUUCCGUGGCAAACUUUUACAUAGUAGAGAUUAUAAAGAUUGGAAAGGAUACGAAAACAAAAGAGUACUAGUUGUAGGAUCUGGUAGUUCUGCUGUUGAUAUUGCUGUCGAGCUCAGCUAUCAUUGUUCACAAGUCUAUAUGAGUACACGAUCUGGAGCUUGGGUCUUUGGACGUGUUAGUUCUGGUGGAUUACCUGCUGAUAGUCUAUUGAGUCGUUUUACAAUGAUGGUACCUCGAAAAAUCGUAAAGUAUGUAUUGCGAUCAGAAUUGAAUCAAAAGUUUGACCAUGCCAAAUACGGUCUAGGAGCAAAUUAUGACAUCCUUACGAAAUCCAUCGUUGUUAAUGAUGAUAUAGCCGCUCGAAUAAUUUGCGGAGCAGUUAAAGUCAAAGAUAAUCUCAGUUGUAUCAAAGAGCAUGAUGUUGAAUUUUGUGAUGGUACGAUAGAGAAGGAUAUACAGGCAAUCGUUUUUGCUACUGGUUUUGCCACUGCUAUUACAUGCUUGGAUUCAUCUAUUAUCACUCAGGAUCAAUAUGAAUGCUUAAACUUGUAUAGAAACAUAUUUCCUCCCGGGUUAGAUCAUCCAACACUGGCUAUGAUAGGUUACGUCCAAGUCGGUGGUGCGGUUUUUCCAGUAUCAGAAAUGCAAUCAAGAUAUGUAGUACGUGUAUUUAAAAAGUGUUUAUCUUUGCCAUCACAGGAAGAAAUGAUACGUGAUAUUGAGGAUAGGCAUAAAGCUAAUCAAAAAGCAGUUGUCAGAACGGAAUGGUCAAUCAUUCGGGUGGAUUACAUUAAGUAUAUGGAUGAACUGGCCUCUCUAAUAGGCUGCAAGUGUAAUCUUUUAUUGUUAUUCUUCCGUGAUCCGAAAUUAGCAUUAAGAUGCUUUUUUGGCCCAUGUACGCCUACACAGUUUAGAUUAGUGGGGCCACACCGUUGGAAUAAUGCCAAAAAGACAAUUGAGAAUAAUGAAAAACGAUUUGUUGGUUCAAUUCAAACACGUCGAUAUAUGCCACAGAUGAAAAGUCGAAGUUGGUUCUGGUCAGGAUUUGCAAUCACUACAGCAGUAGUGAUAGCUUAUUAUAUCACUAGCUACUACUAG